GUCAUUCCAUGAACCAAUCAAAUCCAUGCAACACUACACUAAAUGACAAAAAACUUCAAAGAUAAAAAGGCCAUUAAUCUCUUUGCAAACAUUUCAAACACCUUGAUUUCUCUUCAACCCUCCUUUACAAUCCUUCAUUUUUUUUUCUUCACAAGAAAACUAUUAGUCUAUGAUGGAUAGUAGAACAUGCUCUGAACUUCCACCUGGCUUCAGGUUUCAUCCAACUGAUGAAGAGUUAAUUGUUUACUAUCUUUGUAAUCAAGCAACUUCACAACCUUGUCCUGCUUCUAUCAUCCCAGAAGUUGAUAUCUACAAAUUCGAUCCAUGGCAAUUACCGGAUAAAUCGGAUUUUGGAGAAAAUGAAUGGUAUUUUUUUAGUCCAAGAGAAAGAAAGUAUCCAAAUGGGGUGAGGCCUAAUAGAGCAACAGUUUCAGGUUAUUGGAAAGCUACUGGGACAGAUAAAUCAAUCUUCAGUGGAUCUAAGCAUAUUGGGGUUAAGAAAGCUUUGGUUUUCUACAAGGGUAGGCCACCAAAAGGAAUCAAAACAGAUUGGAUCAUGCAUGAGUAUAGAUUAAUUGGAUCAAGAAGACAAACCAAUAGACAACUUGGAUCCAUGAGGCUAGAUGAUUGGGUGUUAUGUAGAAUCUACAAGAAGAAGAACAGCACAAAAGCAUUGGACACAAACCAUGACUACUCAUCAAACCAAAUCAACAUGACACAAAGAAAAGAUGAAAAUGAACAAGAAUUGUUGAAAUUUCCAAGGACAUGUUCCCUCACUAAUCUUUUGGAAAUGGAUUACUUGGGACCAAUAUCACAAAUAUUAUCAGAUGGAUCAUAUAAUUCAACUUUUGAGUAUCAAAUUAAUACUGCAAAUGAUGGAAUAAUUGACCCCUUUGUAAAGCCACAAAUGGUUGAAAUGAAUACUACUACUAACAACCCUUAUGGAGUUGAUUCAGGGAAGUACCGUGGGAACCAAGUAUGUGAUUAGAAAGAAUAAUAACAAAAGAAUAGAUAAUGACAUUAAUGGAUUUUUAGGUAUGACGAUAAGGAUUACCAAUAUAAAUAGUCAUGAAGAUUCUUUGUAGAAAUGUUUAUAUAUUACAUCACCCCAUGAAUGAAUUUUUAGUUAUAUUCAAA